GCGCUGCGGCGGGGCGUCGCGCUUGCUUCCAGUUGCUGUCUUGUGGGCGCUGCCGUGCAGCAGCGGGAUGGGGCUCUGCUUGCCUUGUAUGGGGGGAGCCGCGGACGACGUGGUGGAGACGCCGGACCCGGAAAUUAAAAGGCGGCAACUUGCAGAAGCUGCAGAAAAAAGGCAGAUGGAGGCAUCGUCUCGGGGUAUUAAGAAUCUGUCUUCUGUGGAGCAAAAGAAAAGGAAGCAAGAGGAAAUGGAAAAACGUCUUGAAUCAGCAGGCUCUGGGCCAGAAGGAGGCGGGCUUAGAUGGCAGGUUGGAUAACUGAUGCAGCUCCUGAUGGGAAGACCAGGAUGAACAUUCUACUGCCAAUAACUUGCCCGUUCCUGCAGCUGAAUGACAUUUGUUGUUGUUUUUGCUGUUGUUUGCCUUUGAAGACUCAGCAGUACUUUGCCAUGGUGGCAAGACAGAUGGAAAAUGUGCACUAAGGAUAUUUUUUCAAACCAAAACCUCACAAUGUACAGCAGAGGGCCAAAUCCCAGUUGUUUACUAGUUAUGCUGCCAUAUUGUAUAACAUUGUAUGUCUUAAAAUAUUGGAGGGACAGAUUGUGGAAGAGGCACUUACGGUGACAAAUGAAAAGUUCAUACAUUUUAUGGAGAUAAUUCUGCUUUUAAUAACUUCCUUAGAUACUCAACUGUGCUCUGUUGUCUGUGUCAUGUUUAUGAAAUUGAUGUUACAAUCCUCAGCCCCCUACUCAGAGCUAAAUUGAACAGAAGUCAGUAAGCUUCUUUAAGGGUUAAAGUUUUCAAGGUGGAAGAUUUGUGCCUUCAAGGAUGAAUUCACAUGUUUAAGAGAAAUGUCACCCUGAAGUGAGAAAUGCUUCCCCUUGGUUAUUUUUUUUCAUUGCUACAUCUGUGGGGAAUUAAAAUACAGCCACAUGAAAGAGACUGUUAAUUUUAAAAUAGAAAAUAAUCCACGUCCAUGCUUCUCAUUUACCCCACAAAGCUGUAUUUAUAAGAAUAAAAUAAUACUGAAAGCAUUUGCUACCUUGUGGUGAGUUUUUGCUCUAAAAAUGAAUAUGUAAACAGAAUGUGAUAAAUCCUGGGAGAUGGUGGGGUAUUUGCAAAUCCAUUUAUAAAGCAUUAUGAUCCAUAUGUACUUAUGCCAAGAUAAUUACAUUUAUAUGGUUUAUUCUCUCAUCUCUUGGACUUUCCUAUUGAUGAUAUAUGUGGCUUCAUGCUUGUCAUUCAUUAAAAAAUAUAAUAAGGAUUCA